AUGGGGGAAAAGCUGUCACCAGAAUAUUUUAAGCUGAUAAGAGAUGUGCUUAGAGAGAAAAAGGAUGAACCUCAGAGACCUUUGAAGCGGAAGAGAGGUAGGCAACCGCCAAAGGAACCACCAGAAGUGAUCAAAGUUGAAUCAUCAUCACCAGAACCAGAGACAAUCGAAAUUGAAUCGACAGACGAACUGUUUGGAGAGCCAAAUGAGAAGAACCGUAAUGUUGUGAAGAGUAGUAAUGAUGAACACUAUGACGAGGGUGAUGACGGUAAUUAUGAUAAUGAUGAUAACGAUGACAACGAUUAUCAGAGCGAUGAGUUUGAAGACGUUACUGAACCCACAGGGUCGCCAGAACCCCUUGGUGAUAUUUCAGUAUCCUUAGAGACUAGAAAGACAGAUGCUAAGGUUACCAAGAAGGCUAGAAACGUAGUCUCCAAUGACGAAAGACAUUGGCGUCGGUAUUUCCACAUGACCUGUCUAAUAGGACUGAUGGUUCAUGGAUAUGUGAGAAACGAUUGGAUCAAUAAUAUUAAGUUGCAGAAAAAACUGUGUAAGUUGGUACCUGACAAAAUAUUGCAAAAUUUACAUCCGGAAAAAGAUGAGGAAUUACCGCUAAGAAGCACUAGAAAAUUAUUGGAUGGGUUAAAAAUGUGUAUGGAGAUUUGGAACAAACAUUGGAAGAUCACGAAAAGCUAUGAGGGUACAGGUUGUUACAUGAAAUUAUGGGAUGAAAUUAGGGUACCCUAUAACAAGAGAUCAAGACUCACAGAGAAGGAAUUUGUUAAACAGGUGUUAAAGGGCGUAGGUGACAGAGACAUGGCUGCACAAGGUUUUGUAGCGCUAUUGAGAUCUUGCAAUGUCAAUGCAAGGCUUAUUAUGUCCUUACAACCUCCUGAUUUUUGUGAUUUAAAGGUUACAGAUACUAGAAGUCGGCAUGUAUCACCUUCUACCCUUUUCAAAUAUCCAAUUUUUUGGUGUGAGGUUUGGGAUAAAUUCAGUAAAAAAUGGAUUACCAUUGAUGCCAUAAAUUUAAAGACUAUAGAACAGAUUAAGACUCAAUCUAAAUUGGAACCUCGAGGAACAGGUAGUUAUCAAAGAAAUCUGCUUAGAUAUGUCAUUGGAUUUGAUAGGAAAAAAGGUGUCCGUGAUGUAACUAGACGGUAUUCUUAUUGGUUCAAUUGCAAAUGUAUUCGUAAAAGAAUCACUAAAGAUUCUUACGGUGAUGAAUGGUAUGCAAAGGUACUAAAGAGAUUGCAUGAACGUAAGCGGACUCGUAUGGACGACUAUGAAGAUGAAUAUUUCCAACAAAGAGAUGAUAGUGAGGGGAUGCCCGAUAAUAUCCAGGAUUUAAAGAACCAUCCGAAAUAUAUAUUGGAAAAGGAUUUAAGAAUCAACCAAAUUGUGAAACCUGGUUGUAAAGAGUGUGGCUAUUUAAACGUCCAUAACAAAAAGGAUCUUUGGAAAGUUUAUGAGAGAAAGAAUAUUCUUGAUCUCAAAUCUGCAAGACAGUGGUACAUGGAAGGACGAAUCCUAAAAGUGGGCUGUAGAAGUAUGAAAAAAGUUCCUAAACGUUCUAGGUCGGCUAAGGAGGAAGAUGAAGAGGAAAACCUGUAUUCACGGGAAGAUACAGAGCUUUACGUGCCACCUUUGGCCUCUGAACCUGAUGGCAAGAUUGUAAAGAAUGCAUUUGGAAAUAUCGAAGUAUUUGUACCGUCUAUGAUCCCAUAUAACUGUGUUUUGAUCAAGAGCGACUUGGCAGUUAAAGCCGCGCGACUUCUACAUAUCGAACAUGCUCGUGCUGUGACAUCAUUUAAAUUUGAGAAAGGUAGAUCUACUAAACCUGUCAUUGGAGGUAUUGUAGUAGCACGAUGGUUUAAGGAUGCAGUCCUUUGUGCUAUUGAAGGAUUAGAAAAUACCGUUGAACAAGAAAAUUUCGAGAGAAGAGAAUUGGAGAAUCUGACCAGAUGGAACUUAUUACUUGUCAAAUUACGUAUCAAGAGUGAAUUGAAUACUACUUAUGGUAAAGUAGAGGAAGUAUCCAAGGGUGUCAACGGAAAUGGUGCACUAGAUGCUAGUGAUCAUGGUGAGGAUGAUGAUGAUGAAAUGAUGGCAGGUGGUUUUAUCGUUGCGGGGAAUGAGGCCGCCCCUGUACCACAACCUGAGCCUGAACUGGAGGAUAAUCAUGAGGAUGAAUUUGAAGAGGAACAGGAACAGGCUGAGCCCACGCACAGCGUAGAUUUACAAGAUGGCCAAGACGAUCAUGAUAGUUACGACGAAUUUAUGGAUGAAUUGAAUAUGUCAGAACAGGAGUAA